CCAGUAGAGUGCGGACAAAAAGCCGGCCGGAGCGGGGCGACAAGAUGGCGGCUGCGGGGCCGGCUACGCGGCGCGUGGGCUUCGUGGGCGCGGGCCGCAUGGCGGGGGCCAUCGCGCAGGGCCUCAUCAGAGCAGGUGGGGCGGCGCGGGGCUGGGCCUGCGGCCUGGCGUGGGAGUAGCCCCGUGGGAGGUGUCCUGCCGCGAGAGUGGGGCCGGAGGCGCGAGCCCAGCCACUCGGGUCUCAGCUCCGCUGGGUGCAGCCGGAGUCACGCCUGUUUCCUCUUACUUUUUUGACGUGGCUGCGGGAAGAUUUGAGUUACACGUGGCUAGGUGCCGUUUCCGUGACCGGCUUCCUGGCCGCGUGGCCUUGGCCAGGCUCACCUCUUCCAGCCUCUGAUGUUCUCUUUGCGCGCUAGCCCCUCUCCGAGCAGCAGGGCUUCUCUCCCAGACACCUUAGCUCUAGGGACACCUGGGCCAGACCGUCCAUCCUGUGCCAGUAGCACCCCUAUGUUGUGACAGCCAAAAAAUGCCUCCAGACACUGCCGAAUGUCCCCUGGGUGAGGGGAGGAGACAGGUAAAGUCAUCCCCUGUUGAGAAACACUGCUUUAUAGCCGGGAUAUUGAUGCUGACCAUAUACUUCUCCAGGCAUUUAGAAGCCUCUCUGCAGAUUGUGGGUAGGGAGAGCUGGGUGACCCUUGGCUCCCUGCCUUCAGCCAUACUUCAGGGUCCAGAAGAAUCAAGAUCCAUCAGGAAAUUGCUUACUGCUCUGGGUUGCCAGACCACCCACUCCAACCAGGAGGUGCUGCAGAGCUGCCUGCUCGUCAUCUUUGCCACCAAGCCCCACAUCCUGCCAGCUGUCCUGGCAGAGGUGGCUCCUGUGGUCACUGCUGAACACAUCUUGGUGUCCGUGGCUGCUGGGGUGUCUCUGAGCACCCUGGAGGAGCUGCUGCCGCCAAACACACGGGUGCUGCGGGUCUUGCCCAACCUGCCCUGUGUGGUCCAGGAAGGGGCCAUAGUGAUGGCGCGGGGCCGCCACGUGGGGAGCAGCGAGACCAAGCUCCUGCAGCAUCUGCUGGAGGCCUGUGGGCGGUGUGAGGAGGUGCCUGAAGCCUACGUUGACAUCCACACUGGCCUCAGUGGCAGUGGCGUGGCCUUCGUGUGUGCAUUCUCUGAGGCCCUGGCCGAAGGCGCCGUCAAGAUGGGCAUGCCCAGCAGCCUGGCUCACCGCAUCGCUGCCCAGACCCUGCUGGGGACGGCCAAGAUGCUGCUGCACGAGGGCCAACACCCAGCCCAGCUGCGCUCAGAUGUGUGCACCCCGGGUGGCACCACCAUCUACGGGCUCCAUGCCCUGGAGCAGGGCGGGCUUCGAGCAGCCACCAUGAGCGCUGUGGAGGCCGCCACCUGCCGGGCCAGGGAGCUCAGCAGAAAGUAGGCUGGGCUCUGGCCAUCCUUGCCUGCCUUUGUGCCCUCACCUCUCCCUGUGCCCCUUCCCCAAGGACUGUGGCUCCCUCCCUCCUGCACGAGGGUCUCCUACCACUCCUUCUCCCCCCGCACAGGGAAAUGCAGGGGGCAGGACUUGAGAGGUUCCAGCAGGCAGGGGAGCCCUGACUAGUGGGGACACUCCUCUUUCCCUGGUAAGCAGAAGGCACCGUGGUGGUUGCCCCGCCCCUUGCUUCAGUGAGCCCUCAUCGCUGCAACAUAGGUUCUGAGGGGCCCAAGAGAUGGCAUCUUGGUCAGUUGCCCACAUGGUUGGGCUGUUGGUCGAGGCCAUGAACAGAACUUAUGGUAACAGGCACGGCUGGCCCAGUGCCUGGUCUGGAACCGGGGCUUGCCUUUGGCUUUCCAGGUGGCUCCAUGCAGCUAUAGCCAGGCCAGCUGCCUCAUCUCAGCUCUAGGGGGCACGAGCCAUAUGGGGUCUACACAAGAGAUCCUCUCCCCUGCAGUAAAGCCAGGGGCCCUGGCCUGCUGUGGGUGGGGCCCCCACAGGGAGCUGGAGCCUGCCCUGCAGCCCAGAGCAGCAGAUGCCUGUGGUGGGUGUGCUCGUCCUCUGCUAAAGAGGAGGAACUGCUGGGCCAGGUCUUCAGCAGUGCUGGGGUGGCACCAGGCGGGCAGUGGUAGGUGGGGCGGCUUGAGGUCUGAGAGGGUGGCCCUGGCCAGCCAGGACAAAUGCAGACCCCUGGCUUUGGUUGGGAUACAGUCUCCCUCUUUUCUCCUGAUCCUAAGCUCCUGACAAGUGGCCAGGUGGCUCUGGGCCCUCCUGCCCCUCACCUAGGUCCGGGGUCCUGGAAUGCCCCGUGGCUCUGGCACCACUACACUGGCCUCUUGACGGCAGGACUUGUCCCCUCCACAUGUCCCUAAAAGACAGCAGGUCAGGAAAGCCAGGACUUAGGGGAGAAGCAAAGCUCCAGGAUUGAAGGCUAGGGUUCUAGGGCCUUUGGGUGGGGAGGGCCCAGGCCAGGCAGUCCUAGCUCCAUCCCCUGCCCCACAAGAUUCACCUGGACCUCCAGUCCCACGCUGGCCCCAACUGCUGCAGCUCAGCUUUCACCCAGCAGCCUCUGGAGGUGAGGUGGGGAGCAUGCCCUCAGCGAGGCUGGGCAGCGGCUUCUGCUGUGCCAUCUUCCUGUGUGCCUGGGCAGAUCAAUCCCCCAGUGCAAAACAGGGCUAAGGGCACCUGCAGGACAGCAGCACGCUCCAUCCUUCAUGCUCAGCUGCCUCUGUGGCGACAGACUUCUGCCCUCCACCUGCUCUCUCUUACUCCCCCGAGCCUAGCCCAUCCGUAAGCUCCCUCCCCCGCCUGGUUCCUGGGGCAGGCUGACUCAGUCGACUGCUUGGUCCAAGCCUGGCCCUGGCACUUGUCAGGGUCAGCCUAAGGAGAUGGGAAUAAAGAUGCCGGAGAGCACCAAGUGAGCUCAUGUUUCACCAGAGGUGAAUAAAACCAAGUUCCGGGCCAGGC